GAGACCGCUGAGACUUGGUUGUGUUGCUCUGAAGGCCCCGAACAUACUGUCGCCGUACAGACCUGACCGUGUCCGAGCAGUUCUGAAGCGCUGAAGUGGACGCGGACCUCUGCGAGUCUGCGACCUCGUCCACUUCCGCUCGCCAACAGCACCCUCAGCUCUCGCCGAUAUGAGCGCAGUCGACGUACAGAUGAUGCCUCCGCCGCAGCUCAAUGGCGGCGGACUUAAUGGUCACGGCGACUUCAAUAGUGUACCAAGGGAGCCCAAAUUCGCCAGUGGCCUCAUUCUCCCCCCUCCAGAGAUCAAGUCGGUAAUUGACCGCACAGCAGCCUUCGUUGCACGGUCUGCGAACCCUCCUCAAUUCGAAGACAAAAUCCGCGAGAACCAGCGUCAGGACCCGAAGUUCUCGUUCCUCAACCCCGCCGACCCUUACCAUGCUUACUAUAGGCAUCGCAUGGAGAAGGUGAUCCGGGGAGAAAUAGAUGACGAGCCAGUGGUCGGAAAAGAUGAAAAGAAAGUGGAGGACGUUGUGGAGCAGGUGAUCGACCGAGGAAUAGAGCCUCCGCUGCCUGAGUUCAUACUCAACAUUCCCAAUAUCACCGCUAUUGAUUUGGACAUCAUGAAACUCACUGCUCUGUUCACCGCUCGCCGUGGUCGUGCAUUCCUGGCUGCCCUCUCCGCCAGGGAAGGACGAAACUAUCAAUUCGACUUCCUACGGCCCACUCACUCCCUCUUUGGUUAUUUCAACCGGUUAGUAGAGCAGUAUUCGAAGGUUCUCCUCCCUAGUAAGGAGAUGUUCGCCCAGUUGAAAGAACGCACACAAGAGGGUGCCCGCUGGAACGAGCUCGAGAUCGCCCGGAAGCGUGCUCGGUGGGAGCAGCUCAAGCGCGAGCAGGAGAAGAAACGCGAGGACGACAAAGAGGCGGAACAAAUUGCGUUCGCUGAGAUUGACUGGCACGACUACGCUAUCGUCCAGACCAUCGAGUUUACCGCCGCUGAUGCCACCUCCGAACUGCCGCCACCCAUGAGCGUCCAGGAAGUCGAGAACAUGACGUUGGCGCAGAAGAGGAUGGCGGCCAUGAUCAUGGAGACGACCGCAGAGGACGUCGAGGCACAUCGUGCACGCCAAGCCGCUGCAGAGGCAGAGGCGGCAGCAGCUGUAGGCAGUGCUGGAAUGGCCUCUCAGGAAGAUGCCGCCAUGGAACAGUCCGACGACGAGGAUCAGGAAGCUCAGGAACGUCGCAGACGUGAGGAAGAGGAGCGUGCACGGGAAGUCGAAAGGGCAAGGGCUGUCCAAGCCAACUCUUUAGACGCGGGCGCCCCGAUGAAGAUCAGGACAGACUACGUGCCGAAGGUCGGCAAGAAGUCUUCCGAGAAGAUGACCACAUGCACGAUCUGCGGCCAGCAAGUAGCUGUGGACGAACUCCAGGAACACAUGCGUAUCGAGCUACUUGAUCCGAAGUGGAAGUCGCAGCGUGACGUCCUGGAAGCCCGCAAGGCACAGGCCUCCGAGUUGCAGCGUGGUGCCAAUGUCGUAUCGUCCCUCAAGAACCUCGCGCGCACGCGUGUCGAUAUCUUCGGCGCGGAAGCAGACGAAGAGAAACGCAAGAAGGAAGAGGAGGAAGAGCGGCUGCGUCGGAGGGAGAGGGAAAAAGUUGUCUGGGAUGGACAUACUGCGUCCAAGGCCAACACUCUCGACAAAUUCUCCACGAAUGUGAACUUCGACGAGCAGAUCGCUGCUAUUCAUCGAGCCAAGGGUCUCGGACCACAAGAAGUUGGGGCGAUCGGCCCUGGUAUUGGCCCGGCCGCUGUCCCGGCACCGAUGACUUCUCUCCCUCCAGCUCCCACAUCCUUACCUGCUCCUCCAAAUCAAGGCGGCGCCCCAGGAGACCCGGCGUACUCGGCGGCCACCAUCUCCUCGGGCCCUCAGCCUGCCUCCCUAUACCCUCCCCAGCCGCCCCCAGUCAUGCUUCCACCUCUGCAUUACCAAGGUAUGGACGCGCCGCAACCAUUCGGUUACCAGCCUCCACCUGCUGCAGCACCAAUGAUGCACCCUGCUCGUGCUGCGCUCGCAGGAUCGCCUGGUGCUGUAGGUACGCCUCCGCAAGCAGGCAUGGUCCGGACAGCAGACCAGAUGGAGGGCGGCGCGGAUGACAUCCCCCCUGCGAAGCGGCAGAAGAUCGCCAAGAUUCCCGGUACGACGUUGUACUCAGCGGAUGACUGGAUCAGCAUGCAUCCGCACCCCAUCUCGUUGGUCAUCCAGUUGCCCAAUGAGCCGUCCAAGCCGGAGUGGAAGCUCGACGGCAAGGUGAUCACCGUCCCCGACAUCCCGCUCAAUCUUCUGGUGUCUACUCUGCGUGACCGUAUUCUGCAGCAUCUGGGCAACCCUCCGGUUCCACUUUCUCGAAUCCGAGUGUCGUAUGCUGGGCGUAUGCUGCCCAAUCAGAACACAAUCGCAAGCCACAAUAUUGAGGAUGAGGACCUCAUUACUCUCAGCUUGAGAGACCCGAAGAAAAAGUAAUCGGACGAUAUUGCGUGCUCCCUUUUCGCUCUGUACUGUAUAUAUGUCCAAUGGGAUUUGUGCUGUUACUGAAUGCCAUGUUCGGGUCGAUCCUUAGGCAAGUACUGCCUUUGUUUUGAUAAUGCAAGACACCGAAGUCCGUGCGGUGCACAACGACAGAGUGGUCAGACUCCCUCCUGACCUGAACGAACGACAAAU